AAUACUUACCGAUUUGUAGAUAUCAAAGUGCUUAAGAACAAAUCCAAUUUCUUUGUAGUGAUAGAAUCGUGUGCGCUCCGAUUCAUGAAUUGGAAUAGUUUCUAAAAUCCACACACUGACGAGAUCAUUUUAUUGGUUUCAUAAAUGUGAUUGGAAAUGACAUAGCAUUAUUUGACAUCGUACAAUAGUAUUAUUAAUUCAGAAUCACGCUCAUGACGUGAUGCAUGUUGAUUCAUAAGCGUUGAAGGGGAGAACGAUAUUUCAAAAACGAGUCGCACUUCUCGCACCGUACAGAGUACGGUUUUUCUGGAAUGCCGUCCAAUUUUUCAUCGUUAAUUUGGACUGACACUGACAGCAAGGCGAAAGUAAAUAUACGUGACCGUGGAAAAUAAUCAGUCUGUUAAAACAAAUCUAUCGAGGUCAGCACUCAAGAUCUUCAGGAUAGUUCCAUCACAGGCUGAAAAGGUCGGAUUUCUACUGAAGCUAACCUUACACCUGGUGAACCAUCCAAAGCUCUGAAUACCAAACGCACAAUGGCCUUGACAAAUGUUUUGCUGCUCAGUCAGAUAUCCGGAUAUGUCUUUGCACUGAUUUUGUCUUUGUGCGUAAUUGUACCCAUGAGCUUGCACCAGAAUGAAUUUCGCGGACACUGCCUUUUAUUUUCUACAGGAGUGUGGCAGGAAGAUGAUGGACAGUUCAUGGUUGAUUGGGCAUCACAAGCUUACUGCAAUUACACGAUAUUUGUCGGUUUGCUCUUAUUCCUAACUUGUGCCGUGCAGAUAUAUCGCCUCUCCAUGCUGAUGUAUCGUGGAGAAGAUAGCUCCUUUCUGUCUGCUUUUGUGGAUGUAGUUUCCUCAGUGUUCCUCACUGCAUUGACUCUCAUUGCAGCUAUUAUUAUUACCCUAGGGUUCAUGACUUGGUGCGACUGUAUGACCAAGAGAUUUCAAUCCUGCGAACUUGCAGCGGGCAAUGAUAUCGAUAAAAAAGAUGGAAUAGAUACCUCAGGGUACCACAUAGAACUGGGAGCUGCUCAGUUCGGAGCCUGGAGCAGCUUAUCUGUUUGGGUCGGGCUGUCUGUCUUUGCAGUUCUCAAGCUUCUGAGGUAUCAUCAGUUGGAAAAUAUGAAAGUUUCCAUGUACAGGGAAAGGCAGAGGUUGAUACAAGCCAGCAGUAGCUCCUCUCAGCCAUUACAUAGUUAGAUGCUGAAGAAAAUAUUGGUUUGUACAUUACUACGUGGAGACAUAAUAAUCAAUUGUUGGUACAUAUUAGUUAUGUUCGAUUAUACUGACAAUAAUCAAUUUGGAACCAACAUAUCAGAAAAAAUAUGGGUACAGUCUUGAGACUAGAUUAGGGGAGCUGACAACGAGCAAUAUGAAUUUUACUGUUCACCGCUACCUCUAUAUUAUAUUUCCAUUCAAUCAUUCGAUAAAUAUAAUUACUCUGUAAAAGUGCAAUGUUGAUGAAAGCAUCGUGAAAAAUUUCAGAAUAACUCGUCUUUCGGUGACCCACAUAAAAUUCGAUUUCCACGAAUAUAGUGAAGUAUUGAGAAAUAUGAGACUGUCAAGAUAACGCUACACAUGGCAAAGGUCAGCUCAGAAGUAUCACGUGUAAUCUGUGUAAUGUUCGUUAUAUUUUCCACAACAUAGUAUGAUCUUUCAACCUUUGCCAGUUACGGCAACAGAACUCACCCAAAUUCAUACGUAAAUGUUGGAUAUUUUCAAGGUCAAUGAAAAAAAUAUCUGUCACAAUAUCCUUGUGAUACGUAAGGUGAAUACAAUUUUACUUCUUCUUGAGAUCAACAAUUAUCAGACCAAAAAUAUCUUAGCUAUAAACAAAGCUGUAUAUAGUAGUCCUUGAGAAAUUGCAAAGAAAAACAUGCAGUGAUUCGUAUGAAAAUCAAAUAUUGGACAAAUGAGUCAUUAUUUUUAUGAAGGGCUAUGUUCGAAGUAAAACAUUGCCAACGAUAUCACAUGGUUUACAAUCUCUAUGAAAGAGGUAGACUGGAAGAGAUACAGUAAAAAAUCAAACAAGUCGGGCAGGAAAGAAAUGAAAAACCCUUCAGGCUAUUUGCAUCACAUAUGAAUGUCAUCAAUCUUUGAUUGAUAGCAGUAAGAAAACGUAUCUCAUAAUGAAAUAAAUGUCAUAUGUAACUAUGAA